AUGGUGCUUGUCGCUGAGAAUCUACCACGCCCCACGGCGCUAACCCCACCUCCAUUUGAGUCCUCCCCAAAGAUGCGUGUGUUGUGCUUGCACGGGUUUCGUACCAACAAGCAGGUCAUGAUGGACCAAACGCGCGGAAUUCGAGCGGCACUGGGAGGUUCGGCCGAAUUCGUGAUGCUCAACGGGACAUAUGAAGCUCGCGGGACGAGCGACCCGAUGAUCGAGAGUGCGUACAGGGCCAGUGCUCCGUUCUACGAAUGGUUCGAGAACCAAUUGGCUGAUGGAUCUCCGCUACUGUAUAACGACGCCGAGUCGUCAGCAAAGGCGCGUCUCCAAAGUGGUGCGGACCAAGGCGAGGAGCAUGCGUGGAGCUUAUCUUACAAGGGUAUCGAGCAUUCAAUGGCGAGGAUCGACGAGGAACUUCGUCGUCAUGGCCCGUUCGACGUCGUCAUUGGGUUUUCUCAAGGUGCUGCUCUGUUGACGAUUCUGACGAUGUGGUACCUUCGUCACGGCAAUGUGCGCUGGUGGAAGCUCGUGAUCUGUGUUGGUGGCGUGGAUGUGAGUGGGGUCAAUGUGAAAUCUCUCUUCCUGGACAAGUCAGGCAAUCGCGUUCUAGUGCCUUUGCCUUCGAUUCAUCUCAUUGGCAAGACAGACCCACUUUACCAGGAGUCCCAUCGAUUAGCAUUAUCGUGGGCAGACAAAGCGGAGCCUAAUGGAUUUAAGAAGCAAAUCUACGUUCACGACGGUGGACAUAAAUUCCCUUCUGCUUCGAGAAACCGCGAGUUUUACGCAGAGCUGGGUAGCGUAAUCAAACAGCACUGCAACAAGGGAGCUGAGACUACCGCGUCGAGACUGUAA